AUGGCUUCUCCACCACUCGACAACGCUGAAUUCGAAGACGAUGAUCCCGAUUCGCUUCUUGUUAAUGUGAGCGUGUCUGAAGUACGCGGUAUAGAAAAGCGUACAAGAUCGAGCAUCGAAACACAAAAACAGAAACUUCGCUCGAUGGUUGGAGAGCAGUACCUGGACCUUAUUUCAGCAGCAGACGCCAUCAUUGCCAUGAGCAAAAACGCGCACGCAGUACAAAAUAAACUUGACCGUAUGGAGGCAGCUUGCGAUGUUUCGCUCAUACGAAAAAAGGCUGCAGAAGCUAAAGCUGAUCAUAACGAAGAAGGACAUGAUCAAAAGCGACGAUAUGUCUAUGCACUUGCAUCGUUAAUCAAAUCACUAGCCGAUGUACCUGAACAAAUAUGGCAUGCACUGGAGAAUCACAAGUAUCUUCAUGGUGCAAGGCUUUAUGAGCUUGCAAGGAUGGUGUAUGAGUAUCUGGAUGUAAAAGCGGACGAUGUCAAUAUCCAGGCAGCAUUUCCAGUUGUACAGCGACAAUGGGAUGCUGUAAGCUUCUUCCGACCACAAAUUAUACAAAAAUCUCUCUCGUAUUUACGCAAUCCCGAUCAAACGUCUGAAAACGUUGCAGAAACCCUCCAGCAGCAGCAGCAGCAGUUGAGAUUGGCAUACCAGCUCAAAGAAGUGAUCCAGAUCAUUCAUCGUACGCUUACCUAUGUGUACGAAAUAUUCACUAAAAACCAACUUGUCACCAACUACGUCCAAGAACUCGAAAUGAACUUUAUGUCCAAAAGUACAGCAGCCAUUACGCGUGUUUUCUCACCUAGUACCAACGUGCACUUGUUGAUGCGCUAUUCACCAGAGAGCGUCCAAAACUAUACGCCCAGCCUUGAAGCUGGUGAGCUCUUGUUACAACGCGACGUGCAGCAAUUCGCUCAGUCAUGGCUACAGAGUAUUGAAGAACAGUUACAAACGCAUUUGCAACUGCUGCUGCAACAGAUUGAUAGCCAUGCAGUGCUCGUCGAUGUCCGGUCACGUCUAUGGGACUUUUUGGAUACGGAUACUACCGCCUCACAUCGUCGAAGUGGGAUGUUCUUGGAGCGACGAUGCAUUAAUGCACGGGCAAGAGAACUGAUUGACAUAAACGCCAAAACGUUAUCUGAUCAACCACGUCAAGUUAUCUGGAAAAGAAUUGAGUUUAGAGAUGCUUUGUCAAGCCAAUCACUUGAUAGCACCUCAAUUCCAUUACCCCAUUCAUCCGCAACAAAGGCUAUUGAAAAGUUUAAAAAGGCACUCAACGACGCAUCGCAAGGUCGUAGCUCAUUGAUACAAGAAUUUCAACAAGCUUUCGACGACAUACUCCAAACGAUGAGAACGGACUUGGAGCAUCAUGAACAAAACACCGAAAAAGACCAAUUUUAUUCCAAAACAGAUACCAGCAUGAUCAGAAGCUACUUUCAGGAUGCAUGCUUUAAUUCAAUUACUGCAUAUACAUCUGGGCUGAAAGAAUUAUUGAUUGAUCUGAAGGGCUGGACGGAUGAAAAAGCUGCAAACAGAAUGAGUAUUUUCGUGGGUCUAUUAGCAAGAACCAUUGCAAUUUCAUCCAAGGAGUUACCCCGAGCAUUGGCGUUAACCAAAUCGGCAACACUAGAACUGAAAAGCGGCGUAAAUAGAGAUCCGAAAUAUAAGAAACUACAAGACAGCUUGCUUGACAUUUUUCAUAAUUCACAUGAGAACUGGAUUUCAACGGUGGCUAAAGAGUUUAGCAAAAGUUUGUCAGCAGGAUUGGCAAGAACAAAAUGGAACGAUGAAUGUUCUGCUGCACUCGUUUGGGCUGAUAUCGCUGAUGGUGAUACCCGACUACCCAUUCAGGCUACCAAUGUCGUAGAACUUGCUGUGUAUCAGGUCUGCGUCGAGUUACGACAUUCCAUCAUGCAAGCAUUGCGACAAGAGCUUGCAAAAGCAGCGAUUAAAUGUCUAUCCGACUUUUACAACAGCACACAGCAAACCGACAUUACUGAAAAGGGUGCAAUCCAGCUAAUCUUUGACAUCCACUUCUUAAACCUGAUUUUCCAAGACGGUGUCAUGACCGACAGACUACGCAAUCUUAUGGAGAAAACCAAGGAUUUUAUUGAUCCAAUCAACUGGGCAUCUUUCGAACCUCAUUUCCUACCAAACGUGGAAAGAUUCUGUCUUAAACAAACCUUAUUGCUUGGUGUUUUGACACGUCCGAACAGAGAGGCAUUCGAAAGAUCCCGGAAAGCGGCAAGUCAGCAGCAACAGCAACAAAAUGUGCCUGCGAUUGCGACCCAGGCACCACGGUUCACUUUAUUACCAAUUGGACAUUUGACUAGUACGAUUAGAGCAUAG